CUCGCCGCCGCCACCGUCCGUGAUCGGCUGGCCGCGGGGAAGGAAGAAAGGAGCGAAGGAAGCGGAGGCAUGGAUCCGCAGCCUCCUCCACCUGCCCAGGGGAGCCCACCUCAUCGGGGCCGGGGCCGCGGCCGGGGCCGGGGCCGUGGUCGAGGCCGAGGUCGUGGCAGGGGGGGCGCUGGAGCCCCUCGGGCGCCCUUGCCCUGCCCCACCUGUGGCCGCCUCUUCCGCUUCCCCUACUACCUCUCCCGGCACCGGCUGAGCCACUCAGGCCUGAGGCCCCACGCCUGCCCCCUCUGCCCCAAGGCAUUCCGCCGGCCUGCCCACCUCUCUCGACACCUGCGUGGCCACGGGCCUCAGCCCCCGCUGCGCUGUGCUGCCUGCCCGCGCACUUUCCCUGAGCCUGCCCAGCUCAGGCGCCACCUGGCCCAGGAGCACGCAGGUGGAGAGGUCGAGCUGGCUAUUGAGAGGGUGGCCAAGGAGGCAGCCGAGUCCAGCUGGGGUUCACAGGACGAGGGCGUGGAACAGCCUAACACAGCAGCAGCAGGGUCUGCGGAGGAAGAGGAGGUGGCGGCCACGUGGCCCCAGACAUGCCCUGCAGGAGAGCCAGCCCCGCUGGCGGCCCCCACGAGUGCCACCGCGCCCCGGGAGUCAGAGUCAGAAGAGGCCGCGGCUGGGGCCGCAGAGCUGAGGGCCGAGCUGGCGCUGGCAGCUGGGCGGCAGGAGGAGAAGCAGGUCCUGCUCCAGGCCGACUGGACGCUGCUGUGUCUCCGCUGCCGCGAAGCCUUUGCCACCAAGGGCGAGCUGAAAGCGCACCCCUGUCUGCGCCCAGAAGGCGAACAGGAAGGUGAAGGGGGGCCCCCACCACGCCCCAAACGACACCAGUGCUCUAUCUGCCUCAAGGCUUUUGCCAGGCCCUGGUCCCUGUCCCGCCACCGGCUGGUCCACUCCACCGACCGCCCUUUCGUUUGCCCAGACUGCGGCCUGGCCUUCCGCCUCGCCUCCUACCUCCGCCAGCACCGCCGCGUCCAUGGUGCACUCAGCCUGCUGGCCCCGCUGCCCGCAGCCGGCAAGAAGGACGACAAAGCUUCUGGUGGACGGAACUCAGGGAAGGGGCCAGAUGGGGGUGAAGGGGCUGAACGCGGGGGUGCCUCAGAAGGGGGAGAAGGCGGGCAGAACGGAGGGGACGCCACCCCAGCCCGGCCCCCAGCCGGGGAGCCCCGCUUCUGGUGCCCUGAGUGUGGCAAAGGCUUCCGGCGCCGGGCACACCUACGGCAGCAUGGAGUAACACACUCAGGGGCGCGCCCCUUCCAGUGUGUGCGCUGCCAGCGAGAGUUUAAGCGGCUGGCAGACCUGGCCCGCCAUGCUCAGGUGCAUGCCGGGGGCCCGGCCCCGCAUCCGUGUCCACGCUGCCCACGGCGCUUCUCACGAGCCUACAGCCUUCUGCGCCACCAGCGCUGUCACCGCGCUGAGUUGGAAAGGGCUGCAGCCCUGCAGGCGCUGCAGGCCCAGGCCCAGCCAUCGCCACCACCACCACCACUGCCCACGCAGGUAGAGCAGGAGGAAGAAGGGCUCCCACUGCCCGUUCUACACAUCAAGGAAGAGCCACCCUCUCCGGGGACCCCACCCCAGCCCCCACCGGCUCCCCCUGUUUUCCUCAGCGCCUCUUGUUUCGACAGCCAAGAUCACUCAGCCUUCGAAAUGGAGGAAGAAGAGGUAGACAGCAAAGCUCACCUGCGCGGUCUCGGGGGCCUGGCCUCCUGACCCUCCACACACCCUCUGCCACUCAGUUUGAGACCCCAGUUUUGCAAUAUGGAGGAGGGAAGUUGAAGGCGAGGCACCUCUUCUGUCUACACACCCCUCCCUUUCAAGCCCUUGACACUAAGGGGGAGGGGGGCCUGGACCACCCCUCCCGCCCCAACCCCUCCCCCGCCCCAUGCUGGUUAGGAACUGCUCACCCCAACACGUCUUGAAGCAGUACUGUGGAAAAGGAGGCACAGGACAAUUGGCCAGAGGUAGGGAGCCUGGUGGGGACACACGCCACCUGCCUUUCCCAACUAAACACACUGGACACCAUCAUCUCUUUGGAACUGCCAGACCCUUGGGGUCCCCAGUGUGCAAAGGUCUGUCCUUGUCCCUUUGUCUGUGAAUAAAUGUGAGUUUGUGAAACCC